UAAACCUUUCAUAAAAUCCGACAAGAGUCCACAACAUCUGCAAUAAAGGAAGCAGUCCACCACACAUCAACAACAGCAACAAUGAAAUUCUUCUCAACCAUCCUUGAUGCCUUGAACCACCAUGCGGUGGAGACACCCAACAAGGUUGUCCUGACUUGGGUGGAUAUUGAUUGCGAGGAACAGAACAAGUUGACUUUCAAACAGCUGGAAGACCAAUCCAAUGCCGUAGCUGCUCGUCUCCUCAAACUGGGAUGCAAAAAGGGAGAUCGCGUCAUGGUGGCAUACCCCUUCGGCCUCGAGUUCUUGGCUGGCAUGUUUGGAGCCAUGAAGAUUGGAGUCAUCCCCUGUUCCAUCUAUCCGCCCAAUCCCAACCAGCUCAAGACUGAUAUGCCAAAGUUCCGUGGAUUUGCCAAGGACGCCGGAGCCAAGUAUGCUCUCUCGACUAACAUGUUUGCCACUGCCAUGACUGCAGCCAGUGUCCUCUUCAAGACAGGGGUCAAAUGGAUUGGGACCGACAAGCUAACAAUCGAGAAAAACAAACCCAACAAGCCCAAAGAUUAUGAGACCUACAAUGGGGAGUCUGAUGAUGUCUGUUUUAUUCAAUACACCUCUGGCAGCACUGGGCGACCCAAAGGAGUAAUGAUCAGCCAUGGAAAUCUAGCAGAAAAUUGCACAGCUCUUGUGCAAAUGACAGAUGUAACUCCAUCAUCGGUGGCAGCCCUGUGGGUUCCACAAUACCAUGGUAAGUUCAAAACACAAGGAGCAUACUAUUAUGAUUGGAUCUCUCAUGUUUGUAAUCCAGACAUGGGCCUUGUGGCGGGAUUCAUGUCUUGUCUCUAUGGUGGCUUCCACCUUGUGCUGGCAUCACCCCUGGAUUUUGUUUCGAGGCCUCUUCUGUGGACAGCCAUGAUAGAGCACUACCAGGCAACACAUACCUGUGCCCCAAACUUUGCCUAUGCCUUGCUCCUGAAACGUUUGGAGCAAGCCAAUCGAACUGCCAACUGGAGUUGCGUGAAGCGAGCCAUGUUUGGCGGGGAACCUGCCCAAGAUCAUGUUGUGGAAGCAGCAGCAAAGACCCUCUCCAUCAAACCAGAGCAUGUAUACAACAUCUAUGGACUUGCCGAAUCUGUCGUGUUCCUCACUGGUGGCUCUGUCUACCCUGACUCUGAGGGGCUUGUCUGCUGUGGAGAAGUAGAUUCCCCGACCCUCAAGCUCCGAAUUGUCCAGGAUGGAAAAGAAGUUGAGGAUGGACAGGUUGGGAGUAUCUGGGCCCAGUCGCCCCGUGUGGCUGCUGGCUACUAUGGACAACCUGAGCUUACGACGUCCACCUUCGCAAAUGUCUUACCAGGCAGGACCACUGCCUUCCAACAUGGAGAGGACAGUGUUGGUAUCACAGUCGAAGGCCGCAAGGACUUUGACAAGUUAGGAAACGAAGAUUUGGCUGUUCAGAUAUCCAAUCAUGUAUCUCAGGUGCAUGGGCUUCUUGUCUCUGAUGUUGUUGUUCUGAAGUUGGGUGUAACACCAAAAACCACCUCUGGAAAGCUGAAGAGGAGCGAGAGAUCAGGCAGACCACUAUUGCUGACGAUUGGAAGGAAUCUUCUGUUCUCAAGUUGGAUGAGUAUUUCUUGGAACUUCAUCUUUCUGGGGUCUCUGGCAUGGAUGAAGCUUGGUCCAAAGCCACCAAGACAACAGCUGCAAUGCAAGAAAUGUGCUCCCAAAUCCUGCAGCAUCUUGAGGACAAGCACCCAACCAUCUGCCAACUUGCCAAGACUCUCAGUGAAAAUCCUGACUGGGUCUGCAGAUAAGGACUCCUCCACUUGGAUGGCAUCCAAAUUGCUGCUCCCUUGCAUCAUUGGAGAUGUCAAUGCAAGUUUCUUUUAUGCCAGGACAACAAGCUUGUAUCUGGUUCUACAGACUAUAGGAAGGAGAACAACUUCUCCAAAGUAUUACACCCAAUCAAUCUUGUCAAGAAGAGCACUUGAGAUCUUUGGAAGGCUCAACCUUUCUUGGGCUCAAGAACUUGGAUUCUCCCACCCACCACUUGGCAGUGACAAAGGAAUGACACUCAAUGAAGAAGAUUGGCUCUCCCUGUUUGACCAAUGGGGAAGUGAAAACCAGAAAUCCCAGACAACCAACCCAAACUCUGAUAUCAAUGCCUCUAAAGCUGGUGCCGGAGCUACAGACCCAGAUGACUUCUCCAUAAGAUAUGACAAUAUAAUCAUGUCUGUCUUUGGGUCACAUAUUGACACAUCCAAGACUUGGGCUGAGAAUGGACUCACGUCUCUCAAGAGUGCUGAGCUCAGGAACAAAGUGGAAGAGGAGCUGCAUGUGGCACUUCCUGCUAACUUUGAACAACUUUACCCAACCCCCAAGGUACUAUCAGUCCACCUGUCUGCAUCAGAGGGUAAAUGCUUUCCUAAACAAGACACAGACAAUCAUCCUGACUUUCACUGGAACUCAUCACAGUCCAGGAUCAGCAAGCUGCAACUAGGAGUGCUCCAAACGCUUGGUGCAUUUGUGAUUCUUUUUCUGGUUUUAGUAUCAAUUGUUCCAUCCUACUACCUUGUCUCCUGGGUGAUGGAUCAGUGUUACUCAACUGAAAUUGGGGAGUGUAACGGUUCAUUCUUUUGGAUUUUGUUGCCCAUGAUGGUCCCUCUAUUCAUGCUGUCUUUUUCCACAAUUGUGUUUCUAUGCAAGAUUACAAUCACUGGCAAGUAUUUACCCAGGCAGUUUGAUCUCUUGUCAUGGGACUAUGUUCAGUGGUGGUUUAUGGACAGGCUCAUGGAUGUUUGGGAGUCACUGGUUGGGCACUUCUUUGUUAAGACAAGGUUUAUUUGGAUCUUCUACUGGCUGCUUGGUGCUGACUUGGCUUGGACUGCCAAGAUUGAAUCCUACAUCCGAGAAUUUGAUCUCAUCAAUGUUGGCAGCAAAGCUACUAUUGGUCACUCUCUCAAGUGCAGGAAAUUCUCUUACUCACGUACUGCAGGAGGAUGCCCUAAGAUGACUUUCCGUCCAAUUGCUGUUGGAGCAAAUUGCACAAUCUCUGGCAUGAUCUGUCCUGGGGCAAAGAUUGGAGAUGUCAGCAAGGUGGAGACAUUGUCUGUUGUUGAAGAGGGAGCCAUUGUUCCUGAGGGCGUCCUUGCCCAAGGAAAACCAGCCUAUAAUGCUGGCUUAUUCAGGCAUACAGAAUCAAUUGAUGUGGAGGAGUCGAUGCUGGAUGUCUUCAAGAUGCUUUGGGCAAUAUUUGAGGCAUACCAUCUUUUCACACUUGCCUUUGUUGGUAGCAUUGUGAUGCAGGAAAUCUUGCCUUCAUGGCGGUAUGGAGGUAUUCUUCAUUGGAUCCUGCUGUUGCCAUUUACUUCCAUCCUGGCACUUUGCUCCAGCAUUGCCCUCAAGUGGCUUCUGAUUGGGACACGGGACCCAUCAGAUGAGUUCGAGGGUUCACUCUACAACCGAGCAACUAACUGGGCAUGCGACUUCCACUUCCAUGCAGCUGGUUUUGCUGUUGCUCCUUUCUGCGGUGCAUCCAAAAUCUGGAACAUUAUCUUCUUCCUCCAUGGCCUUGACAUUGACUUGGAGUCUCGCGUAAAUGGUCUCUAUGCACAUUUCCAACCAUCAAAGGUUGAUUUUGUGAAGAUCCAAAAGUCUUUUGCCUCAGCCAUCUCGCUAGACUUGAGCAAGCAAGAAGGCGUCAAAAUUGAGGUCAUCAACAGCAGUGUUGGCUAUAAUGCCAAUCUUCAUUCCGGUAUCAAGAUUAUGCAAUCUACAAUUCCUCCAAGGUCAGAUGCGUCUAAAAGUGUUUAUGACUUGAACCAACAAUCAAGCCAUGGUUUGUCCAAGCCCAGUACUGUCACACUACAGACAGAGCUGCUGCAAGUUUUGUUGAAUGUGGUUCUUUUUUCAUCCAUUAUACCUUCCUACGAGGUUGGUCUUGCAGCUUCAACCAGUCCAUCAUCCGCCAUUACUCUACUUGGGUUGAUCACAGCUUUUGUACUGCAGUGGCUUGUUUGGAUACUCUUGACAAGAGCUGUUGAGAUCAUACUCUUCAAGUUGCCAAACCAUGUCCAGCUCAGUUUUUUUGGAGUCUACAUCAACACUGUAUGGGUCUUUCGUGUUGGCAAUUUGUUGGAGAAACUCCUGUAUGGAACUCCAAUGUUUGGCUACUAUGCCAAGUUGAUGGGUGCUGAAGUCAGCGGGGACCUCUGGUACUUUGGUGAUGAAGUCUAUGAGUAUGGUAAACUACACUUCAAAGGAGAUGUACUUGUGGACAGUUCCCAUUUGAGUGGACACUAUGUUGAUGGAAAUGGGCUGACCUUGGAAGACACUCAUGUGUCUGGGUUGUUGCAUCCAGGUUGUUAUGCUUCUGCUGGAUCAGUGGUAUCUGCUGCGGACCAUGAUCCAUGGAAAGUGUUCUUAAGAAGUGAUAUGGGCGCCAAGGAUUCAACGAAUCUGCCAAGUGAUUCAACUUCCAACAAUGUUGAUACAUCAGACAUAGUUUAA